GUAGUCUACAUAUCCGGUUUGUCACUUCCGGAGAUUUUUGACACGCAGAAAUUGUUUACAUUUUGACAUUUCUUGUGUUUCUACUUAUAAUUUGAAAUGGACUUACGAAUAUACAUGUGCUGAAGAUGUGGUCCAUAUUUUCUCGUGACCCAGCAAAAGAUUUUGCAUAUGUUAUCGGUGAGAAAGUCGCUGGCUUAGAGGAUAAGUCAGUUUGGUCUCUUCACCAAGGAAAGAAAAAGACAGGUGGUGACAAUGUGUCUGUGUUUGUAUUUGACGUCAAAUCAAGCAGUGAAUCACAGACAGCACUAGCAAGAUCUUCAUUCAAAAGAAUUAAGACAUUGAGACACCCAAAUAUUCUCACUUUCUUAGAUGGAAUUGAGGUGAGGCAUGUUGUUAUAUCAUUAUUUAAAAUGUUAUCAAUAGAUUUUG